AUGUCCUCACUUGCAAAGACCGUCAUCGCCACAGGCGCCUCAUCGGGCUUGGGAUUCGAAUCCGUCAAGCAGUUACUCCAGCAGGCACAGCCAUACAGCUUCAUUCUAGGUGCUCGUGACACAGAGAAGACUCGUGUCGCGUAUGAUGACCUGAAAUUCGACACUUCAAAGCACAGUGUCUCUAUCUUGCCCCUGGAUCUUGUCAAUCUCAAGAGCGUGCAGUCGUUUGCUAAGCAAGCACUCUCUGAAUUGGGUCAAAGGCCAUUGAACUAUCUUUUCCUCGUUGCAGGUCUUGCUGCUGGCGCUGAUCAACCGGGACCUCAUGGCUCGAAAUGGUGCGAAUCGUACGUGGUAAAUCAUCUGGCCCAGCAUUAUCUGACCCACCAAUUUGCUGAGGUACUAUCUGCCUCGCAAUCACGUAUCGUCGUUGUAACUUCGGGUAUAAUUCGUAAUGUGAGAGGAAACGACCCAAGCACUCUUGACGUCGACCUAAAGGCAAACUCCGGCGCGAGCGCAAAAGUAGUGUACAGUGCAUCGAAAUUCGCCCAGCUUCUGGGUGCACACUACUGGCGCCGUAGCCUUCCAGACUGCAAAGUCGUGGCUGUCUCGCCGGGUCUCGUCCCCAACACCAGGCUUUCCGAACGUUCGGGCUUGGUAUUGACCAUGGAUAUGCCCGAUGCCAAGACAGUGCCAGAGGGUGCCCAGAAUAUCCUCCGUGCAUUCACGGUCGAUCUCCCCGCUGAUCCGGAAGAUAUUUUCUUGACCAGCUGGGGUGAAUGGUGGCCUAAGGAUGUCUAUGCUCUGAGUCUUGAUCCUGCAUUGCAAGAUAAGUGGUGUUUGAGCAAGGAAGACAUUGAGAAGUCCGAGCCGGUGUUCCAGGAAUAA